AUGCGCCUCACUCGCAUCUUCGCUUUCCUCGUGGCCACGGUGGUUCUCGUCAUGGCUAUGCCUGUCGAUGAGCAGUCCCUCAGCAUGACCGACGCCGACACCACCACCAACGAGGUUGAGGUCACCGACAUGCACGACAUGACCCAGCUGGGUGACCAGCUCGAUGAGGCGAUCGGCGUCUGCGGCAAGGUCUACUACGCGGUCCCGAUUAUGAGCCCAUACCCCAUUCCCAGCCAGAACAUCUUGGGCAACGACAAGUGCCACGAUGCGAGGAGGAGCUUCGCGAAGUGGCAGCUUAACUCCAACUGUGCUUGUGUGUUCUACACGCGGGUGCGGUGGAAAGGCCGGCCCGCGCUGGGUGGGACCGUCCCAUGGUACCAACGUCGCUUCCAAGUCGUACAAGUGCCACAGUCGAUAGGCAUGCACGCGGAUAGCCAGUCGCGGUUCCUCAGCUCCACAUAUAUGAUGUCGAAGGCUUGA